AUGCUGACGUUGGACCCCACUCGCUUCCGGAGACCCAAGAACAAGGCGCCCACCAGGCAUUUGUAUUUGGCCAACUGCGGCCAACAAUGCGGCGACACCGCUGAGGAGGUCUUGCGGCGCCUGCGGGAAGGGCAAGCGGAGGAGGAGGAGGUUGUAGCACUGCACCUGGGCCCGGGCGUCACCUAUGCCAGCUUCGUGCACCCGACUGCGGCCGCCAGGGCGAAGGCCCAGUUGGAGUUUGAGUCUGAUCACGCUUGGCGAGUGAAGUUUGCGGAGUUGGAGGAUGAAGUUCGGGAGGUGUCUGGAGUACUCCUUCCCAGCAGUGUGGAGUCCACAGCACACGUGGAGGUGCCAGGAGUUCACGUGGUGACCGACUUCGUGAGCGAAAUGGAAGCACAAGAGCUGCUGCUGCAGAUCGACCAGCGACCCUGGAACACCAGCAUCAAACGCCGGGUGCAGCACUACGGCCGCGCCUUUGACUAUGCGAAGCUGAUGAUCGCAGAUCCCGGCACUGUGCCAGAGAUGCCAGACUUCUGUCAGCCUUUGCUCCAGCGGCUGGAGCAGACCGCUCUGAUGCCGCAUCGCAUCGAUCAGCUCACGGUGAAUGAGUACGAGGCGGGCAUCGGCAUCGCUGCCCACGUGGAUGCUCAUAGCGCCUUUGAGGACACCAUUGCAGCGGUGAGCCUGCACUCGGGCAUCGUCAUGGAGUUUCGCAAGCCUGAGCCUGACUCUUCUGGGAAGGUCUCCAUGGGCAAACACCACCGGAUGGCUCCAGCGACUCCGAGUGCUGUGGAACUGACCAAGAACGUGUGGCUGCCACCCAACUCCCUGUUGAUCAUCACAGGCGAAGCGCGCUAUGCUUGGCUCCAUGGGAUCGCUUGGAGAAAGACUGAUUGUGUCGAAGAGGGUGCCUUAGCCCUAAGCAAAGUCAUCCCUCGGCAGCGGCGCGUGUCGCUGACCUUCCGUCGGGAGCGGCAGUUGCAGAAGGUGGGCAAUGAGAUCAAGGUGAAGCAGGAUGAAAUGCUCACGAUCAUCAAGACGCUCGACCAGCAUGACGAGCGCAGUUCCCCCAUCAAUCUCUUGGGUGCCAAGAUUGAUUUUGCAGCGUUCAAACUUCAAACCUGCUGUGGCACUGGUCUGGCACCCAGGAACAGCAUCCAGCUCGCCAAAACGGGAGGCUUUGUGGUGUGUGCCGAAGUGCUCUUGCCGCGUCUCAAGCAGGCUCGCCACAAUGCCCACAUCUAUCGCUGUGAAACACACUUGGACUUCUUGCAAGCCGAUGUUAAGAACGGCUUCUCAUUGGCCAACAGGCCCAGUGGAAGUGAGGUGACUCAAUGCCCUGGGCCUGGUGUGAAGAUGGUCACCGAGGUGAAUGCCGUGUUUUUAUCUCCACCCUGGGCCGAUGAGGGCUUGGAUGGACGCCAGCUCGUGCGCUCGGCCAUGCACUUGGCGCCGGGCAGCCCGGUCCCCACCGGUUGUGGCAAUGGAUGGGCUUGGGAUGGCUUGAAGGUCACAGCUGUUGAGGAGGUGACGCGCUUCCACCCAGAGAGAGGAUGGGGUUUUAUCGAGCUGAAUGGUAUGGACAUCAUGGUGCAUGUGAAUGACUGCAAGCCAGAAGACGUUGUCAUCGGCGGCACUGAUGAGAGGUGUUGCAACACCAAGGGCAAAGGCCAGGCGACACCCAUCGAAGGUGCUGGACAACACACGGGUAUUGUCAGCCUUCAACGCUAA